AUGAGUACGACACGUAAGAGAAGCCAUCGAACAGGUGAUGGUGGCGUCGGCCCUGUCCCUUCCCGGGCCAAGCGGACGCGCACGGAGGAGUCUCACGGCGAUGAAACCGAGGGCCUGCUCAGCGGCAACACGGAGUCGUGCGAAACUACCGGCGUGCUGCUCAACGGAAGCACCGAAUCGUGCGAUGAAACCGACGUGGUGGUCAACGGAAGCACGGAAUCGUUCGAUGAAACCGACGGGCUGGCCAACGGCAGCACGGAAUCGAGCGAACCGGUCAACGGCAAAGAUGCGGAAGAUGCGGAUGAGAAGCACUUGGAUCUGAUUAACAACGGCAAGGUGCUCCAGAUAGUGCUGCAGAAUUUUAUGUGCCACAAGUAUUUGGCGGUCACGUUUAACCAGCACGUCAAUCUGCUCGUCGGUAAGAAUGGUAGCGGGAAAAGUGCGGUCCUAACCGCCAUUACCGUCGGGCUCGGGUGUACUGCUCUGCAAACGAACCGGUGCAGCAAUGUCAAAGAUCUAAUCAAACAAGGCGAGUCGCAGGCGGUGAUCGCGAUCACGCUCGAGAACAGCUUGGCCGGUGCGUUCCAGCCGGAGCGGUACGGAAAACAGAUUAUCUGUGAGCGAACGAUCAGUGCGACGGGCAGCGGAUCGUACAAGCUGAAGAACGAACAUGGCAUUGUGGUGUCGACCAGUCGCAACGAGCUGGAGAAGAUACUGAUGGCGUUCAACAUCCAGGUGGACAAUCCGAUCUGUGUGCUGAACCAGGAUUCGGCUCGCUCGCUGUUGAAAGAUGCGGACGAAACGAAGCACUACCAGCUCUUCCUCCGGGCGACGCGGGUCGAGUCGAUCAUCAACAAGCUGGACUCGUGCUCCUCGGUCGCCACCCAGAUGGCCCGGGUUCUGGCGGUGAAGGAGCGAAGCUUGGAAUACAUGGCCCACGAGCUGGAGGUGCUGGAGGAGAAAAAGCGGGCGCUCGAAUCGGUGGAACGAUUGGCGGAACACCUCACCGUACUGCGGACGCAACUGGUGUGGCGCACCGUUGCCGACCAGGAACAGCAGCUGGGCGCGGCGGAUGACGAGCUCCGGCAGCUCCGGCAGUCGAUCGAAGAGCAGGAGCGCCAAAUUCGGGACCGUGCGUCACUGAUCGCGGCGACCGAUCGUUCGAUCAACGAGCACCGGGCGGCCAUCGAGGCCAAGAAGACGGAGUACGUGACGCUGAAGGAAACAUAUGCGGCCGUGCGGCGGACGGCGCAGGAAACGGAAACACGCCAGGCCCAGAUUGAGCGCACCAUAAGGAAGACCACCGAUCGGUUGGCGCGCGUCCAAGAGGAAGUGGCCGACAUCGAACGGGAGCUUGGCGAGCGUACCAAAAGCGGCUUGAGCCAGGUGGAGCAGGACAAGCUGCAGAAUGCGGCGGAACAGGCGGAACUGGGCAAGAGGAAGAGUGAGCUGCAGGCAACGGUAGCGAGUGCUCAGCGCGAGGUCGAGGCGAUGCACAACAAGCUGGCGCAGCUCAAGGAUAGCCGCGAGGAGCGGCACCAUGCGCGGGUCGCGAAGCAUCACGAAGCGUCACGCGUUGAGCAGCAGCUGGAGCGGUUUGCGGCGGCGCCGCGCAGCAAGCUGGCCAUCUACGGUACGCAGAUGCCGGCCCUGGACGCCCGCAUCCGGCAGCUGUACCGGGAGGGCAAGUUUUCCGAGCUGCCGCGUGGCCCGCUCGGUCAGUACAUCGAGGUGCGCGACAAGAAGUGGAGCGCCACCGUGGAGAUGGCGCUGGGAGCCUGUCUGUCGGCGUUCUUCGUCUCGUCCCAAGACGACUGGUGUACGCUCGAUGCGCUGUUGCGCCGCGAGUUCCCGGAGCUGAACAAUCGGACCAUCUUUACCGGGCGCUUCGUAAAGGAGCUGUACGACGUGAGCGAAGAGUGCGUGCAGGAGCUGGACGGGACGUACCGGCUGAUGAACCUGAUCCGGGUGCACGAUCCGGUCGUGAUGAACCGGCUGAUCGACAGUGUGGCGAUCGACACGAUCCUCGUGACCGAGCAGCAGACUGUCGCGAUCCAGCUGACGAGCGAGAUCGAGAAUGUGCCCGAAAACCUGGUGAAGGUGAUCGUCACCGAGCCGUGUUCGGAGUUCUAUCCACAGCCGAAGUACCGCAGUUACGCCGUGCACACGAAACCGGUGCGCUACCUGCAGGUCAGUCUGGACGAGCUGAAGCGCCAGACGCAGCACCGCAAGGACCAGUUGCAGCGCGAGCUGCUCGACCUGAACCGUUCGGUCGACGAGGCCCAGGCGGCCCAGAGGGAGCAAGCCGAGGCGCUCCACGAGCGGCAGCAGCAGCUGAAGUGCUUCAAGCAGGAGCUCCACACGAUCGAGCAGCGUUUGGGCCAGCUGACGACGGUGGUGUUUGUGGAGGAAACCGAGGAAACAACGCUACGCAACGAGUUGCUACAGCUGACCGCGCAACACACGCAGCUGCAGGAAGGAAUGGAAGAGGAGCGGCAGGCACUGGGCGCCAUCGAGGUGACGGUGCGCGCGGCGGAACUGGCGGUGCGCGAGAAGAAGGGCGCAAUGACCGCGGUCGAGCGAGAGAUCGCACGGUUGCAAGCGGCGAUCGAUGCGGACCAAACGAAGCGUCACGAGCUGCAGACGAACGACAAGGACAAGGUUCAAGCGCUGCAGCGUAUGGAGGGCACGGCGAAGGAGCGUCAAACGGCACGCACCGCUCUCUCGGAGGUCGUCGACCGUGCGCGGCAAGAGGCCCUGGCCGCGGGCGACCGGGUCGAACUGCACGGUGACACGACGGUGGACAGCUUGAAGCAGCAAAUCCAUUCCACUGAAAAGCGCAUUCGGCACGUGAACGCCACGGUGGAAAACAUCGGCGACGUCGAGCACGAUUUGGAUGCCAAGAGGCGCGAGCGGGACGAAACGGCACACUACUGGAAGGCACUGUCGAAUGUGUCGACGUUGCUGACCAACACGCGCCAAACGCGCUUUAGUGGCCUGCACAAAAUGAUCGCGGCCGCUGGCAUAGCCCUGAAACAUAACUUCACGGUCGUCAUGAAUUUGCGCAACUACGAAGGAACGAUCGUGCUUAACCAAAGCGAGCAGCGGCUGAUAAUGGCGACCAAGGUUAGGAAUGCGGUCACGACACCGAAAUCACUGUCCGGAGGCGAACGGUCGUACGCAACGGUGGCCCUGCUGAUCGCGCUCUGGUCGUGUGUCAGCACGCCGUUUAUCUUUCUGGACGAGUACGACGUGUUCACCGAUCAGGUGAACCGGCACACCAUCACCCGGGUGCUCCUGCACGAGGCCCAAAGGCGCGGCAAGCGCCAGUUCUGCUUUCUUACGCCGCAGGACAUGAGCGAGAUCAAGGCGACACCCAACCUCACCAUCCACAGGAUGAGAGACCCGGAACAGUGCUCUUCGACGGUUGCCACCGAGGAGACGUUAUAA